AUGCGUGCUGCCACCGCCGCCGCGGCCCUCGUGGCCACCGUCCUCCUCCUGGCCGGCGCCGCUGAUGCGGCCGGCAUCAAGAAGAUCGCCCUCCUGGCCGUGAAGAACCCCCAGGACAAGACCCAGGCCACCGCCGUCAAGGACGCCCUCUCCGCGUCCUGGGCCAAGUUCACCGCCGCCAACCCCACCAGCGGCAUCACCUUCUGGGUGGCCAUCAAGGACAAGAGCGUCCUGCCCGCCCCCGCUGACGGCAAGAAGUGGGAGGGCAAGAAGGACGCCGCCGCCGGCACCUACGUGCGCUACGACGUUGCCGCCAUCUGGAAGUUCCCCUCCGCCGAGGCCUUCAGCGCUUACUCGGCCUGGAAGAAGGCCAACAGCAACAAGGACGCCUGGAAGGCGCUGCCCAUCGCCAACAAGGCCGGCUUCGUCGCCGCCGCCUAA